AUGUCCAGAACAGACAGUAGAACUCAGACCACGCCAGUUGCCAAAUCUUUUUGCAGUGCAGAUGACGUCAGGGAGAGCAAGCACUACAGCCAGAACCCUCCUACAGAGAAACAGCGCGUUCACAGAAGAGCCGAGGGAGUGGGACCAAACACUAAGAGAUCUGUGGAGACAAGACAGGAGAGAGCAAAAGGACCCCGGGCUGAAGGCUGA